AUGACAAUCGUAUCCAAGAGUAAGAGCGUUACCUUCCAACCUACCGUGAAAGGGAUUCAAAUCAUGAAUAUUGAUGAUUACACGACGCGCGAGAUCUCGGCUUCGUGGUACAGCCAAGAAGACAUGGAUCGCAUGACCAAUCGGUGCGUCAAGGUAAUAAAGAGAAUGGAAAGCGGAGCUGUUCCCAACAAAGGCAACAAAAAUUACUGUAUGAGAGGUCUUGAGGGCCACACCAAAACCGGUUCCAUCACCAAAACCAAGAACCGAGCCUCCGCACGCGCAGCAGUACUUAUGGAACAGUCCAAGCAAUUGAUGAGAAAUGAAGUCAACGAGCAAGCCAUUGCAGAUGCUUACAUCAGGGCAUCUACCAGCUCUCAAGAGUGGGCCCAAGUCGUUGGCAAACGUGACGAAGAGGGUGCCAAUGCCAUCCAUUAUCACAAGCACAAGAAUCAUGCGAGUAGUACCACUGCUCCCGCAAAGAUGGAGCAAAGGAUGGGCCUGAAGGUAGCGGUAGUAGUAGCAACAACUUCAAGGAUCAUCUACUAG